AUGAGUGCUUCUAUUAAGAGAUUAGGUAAGUCUGGUCUCAAAGUAUCGGACGUAAUUGUAGGUACAAUGCAGUUCGGGGUAAAAACAUGGGCUCCGUAUUGUAUUGAAGAUGAAGAGCAAUGUUUCAAGAUUUUGAAAAAAUGUUAUGACAAUGGGUUAAGGACUUUCGAUACUGCUGAUAUGUAUUCAAAUGGUAUUAGUGAAAUCAUAGUUGGUAAGUUUUUAAAGAAAUAUAAUAUUCCCAGAGAGAGAGUUGUGAUUUUAUCGAAGUGUUACUUCCCUGUGAGCAGAGAGGAAGGUUUUAGUCUUGCCAAGUCUAAUACACCUGACUUUAUGAACAGUAAAGGCUUAUCAAGGAAACACAUUCUUGAUGCAGCGGAAGCUUCAGUUCAAAGGCUUGGAACUUACGUGGACGUCUAUCAAAUUCACAGGCUCGAUACUGAUGUAACAUACGAGGAAAUAAUGAGGGCUUUGAAUGAUGUCGUUGAAAAGGGUUGGGCAAGGUAUUUAGGGGCCUCUUCUAUGAAAGCCUAUCAGUUUUUUAGAUUACAAGAGGUUGCCGAUCAAAAGGGAUACCAUAAAUUUGUUUCAAUGCAAAACUUAUAUAACCUUUUAUUUAGAGAAGAAGAAAGGGAAAUGAACGCCUAUUGUAAGGAAACAGGUGUUGGAAUAAUUCCUUGGUCCCCUAAUGCAAGGGGGCUACUUACUCGUCCAUUAACGUCCGAGAAAUCUCAAGCACAGCUCAAAGAUCCUAAAAUUUUGCAAGCCACUGGGAUUACUCCUUUACGGCCAUCAGAUGAGACGAUAGUUAACAGAGUCGAGGAACUUUCGAAAAAAUACAAUGUUUCUAUGAUGGAAAUUUCCGUUGGCUGGUUGAUUGAGAAAGAUGUCAUUCCUAUUGUCGGAGUGAUGAAUGAAGAAGCAGUCGAUGAUUUGGUUAAAUUGCGUACUUUGAACCUUUCCAAGAAGGACAUUGAAUAUUUGGAAGAACCGUAUGAGCCGAAGUUCUCUUAUCCAUGA